AGAAGUUUUUUUUUUCGCACAACAUCUUAUUUUUAUAAAGUCAUAAGUUUUAAACUGCGUUUUUUGAAUUUUAAAAAGUUUUCUAAAUUUUAUGAUGGUGGGUGUGUAACGAAAUUGAUAAUUUUAAAGAAGCUGUAUUUCCAGAUAUGGAUCCAAAAAUAACAUCAAUUUUAUCUGAAAAAAUGUCAUCUGAAUGGAAAAUUUUUGCACGUGGUACAGGUACAAAAGCAGCCAUUAUAGACUUUUUCGAUUUGGACAAAGGAAGUGAUCAAGCUAAAAUGGAAAUGUUUCUUACUGACCUAGUUAAACGAAAUGAAAACAGUUAUUUCGCCUUGAUAGAGAAAUCUUUAAAAGAGUUAGGAAAAGAUCAAAUUUUAAAUGAAACAAAAUAUUUAUAUGAAAUAUACAAGUUGAAGUUACAUUAUAUUAUGACCUAUGGUGAUUUUUAUGCACAAAGCGAUAUAAACUCAUUUAAAAAAAACACUGUUAACCUUUCCACAGACCAUUUUGAUCUGGUCAAAGUAGAAACUACGUAUCUUCAAAACGUUAAAGACGAUUUUAAUGAGUGGACAGAUCAUAUUGAAAAACAAAACAUUUAUAAAAAAAUAGCUUUUGAGGAAGUGUUUUCACAAGAUUUGCCAUUUCUUUUGAUUUCUGGUAUAGCUGGGAUUGGGAAGACAUACUUUCUUAAGAAGUGCCUUUUGCUUUGGGCCCAUGGGCUACUUUGGAAAAACGUUGACUUUGUUUUUUAUUUUGAUUUAAAAAAACUUAAUAAUUUAAAUGCUAUUUCAAGUUUAAAUGAACUAAUUAGAAAGUUUUACGGAAAUAUAUUGAAAGGAUUUGAAAUUUCAUCUCAACGGUCAAUUACGCUGGUAAUUGAUGGGUUAGAUAACUUUACACAACUUGAUAACUUAAUUUAUCAAAAGUUAGAUGAUAUACCUCUAAUAAAUACAUUGAAUUAUGCUUUUAAUUCUAAAGAGAUUAAGUGCGUUCUUGCAGGAAGAGUUCAAACCGCUAUUGCUUAUUGGAAUGCAUGUAAAGAAAAUGACGCCAUUACAAAUAUUCAAAUUAUGGGUUUGAAUAAUAAAGGAAUGACGUUUUAUUUUGAAGAUAUUUUAUUAAGCUCUACUCUUAAAAAUCAAUUGAAUAAUAUUUCAUCAUUAUCGAUUGAAGGAAAAUUAAUACUUUCUGUUCCUCUAUAUCUAAAAGCAAUAUGCAAAACAGUUUUAAACAUGGGUAUUUUUUCUGUAAAUACAAUUACGGAGUUACUUGGAUUAGUCUUCUAUUAUUUUAUACAAAAAAAAUACAAAGAUAAAACCAGUUCAUUGCAUGAACUUAUGCAUAUUGAAACACCAUUUAUAUGUUCCAUAUGCGACGUUGCUUUUAAUUUAUUAGAAAACGGAAACUCUUUUGUUUGGCAAUUUACUGCUAACGACAGUUUGAAAGAGGAUUUUUAUUUUAUUAAAAAAUGUAACAUCAAUCAACAACAUGAAUUCCAUCAUUACAUGAUGCUAAAAUUUUGUGCUUCUAUACAUUUGUAUAUGUUUGAAAGUCUUCAAAAAGCUCAUUCCAACAAAAGAUUGCAUGCGUGUUUACCAAUUAUUACAGGACUAACUUAUGGUAGAGAAAGAAAUAUGUUAAGUUUAAUCAGUAGCAUAAAGAAAACAAGAGAAAACAACGACAGCCUUUUACUUACACAAAUAUUAGAACUUCAAAAUAGAAAAUUAUUUGUCGAAUGUUUUUUUGAAUCUCAAUUAUUGUUAAACGACAUUUCAAAAUUACCAUUGGAUGUGAUAAGCAAAUGGUUCCAACCUACAGAGGUUUGGUACCUACAGAGUGAUGAUAACAGCAAAGAAAUUUUAGCAGAAAAUUACUUUUCAAAAAAGUAUACGAACUUAAUUGAGCAAAUAGAAAGUAACAAAGUGAAAAUACGGAUUGAGAAAAUUAAAGAGAAAGUUAAAAAAACCAUGAAUGAUGCGAUAAGUUUUCAUGAAAAAGCGAACUUUGAUAAAGCAGUGGAAUUAUUUAAAGAAGCGGAACAAAUGUAUAAAAUAACUUUUGGUAAAAAAUAUCAUGAAACAAUUAUUGCUACUUACUGGAUUGCGGUAUGCUUACAUGGUAAAAAUCAGUUCGAUAACGCUGAACAAAUAUUUAGAAAAAUCGAAAUUAUGCAAACAAACUUUUUAGGAGAAAAACACGAAAGUACACUAAGUACUAAAUACUGGAUUGCUAGAUGCUUAUAUAGUAAAAAGCAAUAUGAUGAAGCAAAAAAGUUAUUUAUGGAGGUAGAAAAUGUGCAACAAGCAGUUUUAGGAAAUAACAGUAAAGAAACACUAAAUUCUAAGUAUUGGAUUGCCAUUUGCUCUUUUCAAAAAGAAAAAUUUGAAGAUGCAUUUAAACUAUUUUCAAAUGUUGAAGCUUUUCAAAAAGAAAUUUUAGGUGAGAAACAUCUAGAUACGAUAAAUACUAAAUAUUGGAUAGCUAAUUGCUUAUAUAAUUUAAAACAAUUUAAAGAUGCAUACACGUUAUUUACAGAAGUAGAAAAAGUACAAUCUGAACUUUUAGGUAAACUGCACCCGGAUACUGUAAACACAAAAUAUUGGAUAACAUCUUGUCUGAAGUAUGUAAAAAAAUUGAUGAAAUAAUACUUUUUUUAUUCUUUGAUCAUACUAAUGAACAUUUUUAUUUAUUUGAUAAGAGAAGUUUUAUUUUGAGUGUUUAAAAUCAUUCAAUGAUUUGUUUUAAGUCUUUAAAAAAAUCAGUUUAGAGUUAAUUUUUUUCUGAUAGUGUACUUUUUUUUUUCUGGAGUGUUUUUUUUUUUUUUUUUAAAGAAACCUUUUUACUAUGGAGCUUUUGUAUUAGAGAACAAGAAGUUUAAAUAAACAUUUUAGUAACUGUAAUUGUUUUUUAAACUUUUUCAUUACCGUUAAGAUAAACAAGUAAACAGUAUAAGAUAUUUUUUGAACAAAACAUGUAAAAUAAAA